AUGGCAGAAUUAUCCCCUAACCCAGCCGUCGCAAACCACGACAUCGACCCAGCGCUCACAAACGGCCCGGCGCAAGAAGCACAACAAGCACCCGCAGACCAAUCCGCAGACGUAGAAAUGGCAGACUCAGGUUCAGCACCAGCACCCACCACACUCGACGCCUCAACACCCGCCCACCAACCAACCGUCCAGACCGUCCCACCCACACCCAGUACCUCAACUCCCGCACCGCCCUCCGCACCCACUCUCCCUACCACUACCACCGCGCAAGCACCAACACCUACGCCCGCAGCCUCGUCGCGCAACUCACCGCACCCGACUGCACAAGCGCCCACACAGCCCAUUCCGCACGGCAGUCCGACGCGGGUGUAUUUGAAUCAGCAUGUGACACCACAUUUACUCGAGGCAAUGAAACAUCUUGCUACUGCGGAGCCGGAGAAGCCGUUGAAGUGGUUGAGCGAGUUUUUGGCGGGGAAGAGUAGGGAGAUUGAGGGGACUUAG